AUGAAGAGGAAGCAACUUCUUCUUCUUGUUUUUGCACUUCUCAUGCUUAUAGCUCCAGAUGCAGCAGAGUCAGGCAAGUCCUUAACUUUGCUUGAAUUUGAAACUGCACCAGCAAGAAAGAGUUUGGUGGCCACAAGAUACAUGUUAGCUACUUGGCUCAAUUCCAGGAAGCUGGUUAAAGUUCAAGCUGUUCACAAAGUUCCAUCAGGACCAAACCCCACCGGAAAUCAGAAACCACCAUCCAGGCAAGACUGA